AUGGCAACUUCUAACAAAAAUAAACUUAAUGACGAUGUAAAAAAGAUGAAUACCACCAAAGAGGAUUAUUUUAAUGGUGUGCAGUUUCCGUCAUCAAAAGUUCAAAAAAACACUCAAAACCAGUUGGGUGAUAUGACAAGAGAAAUACUUCAUUCAAAUAUUUCAAAAUCGGCACCAGGACGUUUUGUAUCUAAACAAAAUCAUAAUGCAAAUGAUUUACCAUUUGAUUAUAGCGAUGAUGCUGAACUUGCACGACGUUUAUCUAAAAAUGUUCAUAUUGAGCCGUCAUUAUCAUCCAUAGCAACCUAUUCAUCUUUGUCAGAUCAAAUUCCUGAUAAACAAGAAGUCGCAACACAAAUCAUAACGACUACACCGACGAAACUUUCUAAUACUAACCAACCACAUAUUCAAGCUUCUCAACGACGUUCAGUUGUUAGCGCAGAUCAGUUACGUUUAGUGAUGCAACCGCUAGAAUCAUACAAUUUAAUCGACGAUAAUAUAUCGUUAAACUCUGAACGUAAUAAUAUUCUUAUGAAUGCUAAUACUUUUAUGCCAAUAUCUAGUGCUUUAGCGUACUACCCGUACAAUUGUCCGACAUCAAAACACACGGAACAACUUAUUAAAAUAAAAUCAAAGGGAAAAAUGUCGAAAAGUUAUUAUAAUCAAUUUAAAGAAAUUCAAACAAAAUCAGCAGGAGUUCUACCACAACAACGCUCAAAAACAUUUGCUAUACCAAAACGUGAUACACAAUCAUUACCAUCCUAUCCAAUUCCAAAAAUAAAACAAUCGUCAGCAGAUGUUAAAUCAAAACAACAACAGAAAACAACAAGACCAACAACAUCUGUGAUGAGAAAUAAACCAAUUAAUAAUACUAACGAAAAAAUUCAAUCGUCUUCAACUUCGACAACAACAAAAAACGGAUCAACAACUACUCGAAGACAAAUGAAAGUUGUUGCUCACGAAUUAAAAAAAGAUAACCUCAAUAACAAUACUAACAGUCAUAGAACGAUAUUAAAACAUAACACUGUAAAUAAUAAUGAUCAACGAAGACCCGUACGAUUUGCCGAUCAACAAGACGAGUAUAGUAGAAGACUACUUCCAAAUGAUGACUACUUCCCUCAAAAUCAUUUAACCUACUUUGAUACUCGACCGGUGAGUGAUAAUAAUAAUAAUAAUAAUUAUAAUAAUAAUGAUUCUACUCCUAAAUAUAUAAUUCACACACAGAAUAGUACGCCUUAUGUUCUCACUUUACCUCCAGUAGUACCCCAGACUCAACCCAAUCCAGUUUUUCUUCUUCAACCCCCUGCUAUUGCCCCUCCUGUUGCCCCUCCAUACACCUAUUAUCCCUAUUUUAAUGGUCUAUACCCUCCUCCCUACAACCCGUUUCAUGUAGAACCUCAUCAACCUGAUAAUUCGGUGGAAAGAAAAACAUCAUCUAGCUCACACAAUAUAAAGAAGAAUAUUAUGAUCGUCAGACGACGAUCACACCACACAAAAAAUGAUAGUUCUGCUGCUGGAAAAGAUAAAAAAGGUCGCGGACUUCGAUUACGUUUGAAAAGUGAAGCUCAGUUGGAUGACGACUCAUCGUCAUCAUCAUCAUCAUCGUCAGAUGGCCAAAAAGAAGAAAAGCAGUCCAAAAAAUCGUCUCCUGCUCGUAGUAAAAAUCAUCGUCCGAUUUAUCAAACUGAUUCUGAUUCUGAUAAUGAAAAUACACGUAAUUCACGGCGCACAGUUAUUGUCAAAGAACCAUCAGCAAAAAGAAAAGAAGUUCGUUUAGUUCGAAAAAAUGGUCAGUUGAUACGUGAACCAGAUACUUAUUAUGGCGAUUCGGAUCAUUCAGCACGAUCAACAAAAAUUAUUUAUGUUGAUAAUCAAAAUCGUACAUUUUCUCACAGACCCCGAUCAAAAUAUGUAUAUAUGAAUGACAACAAUCCACGUCAGUCGGACAUUGUUUAUGUCAAUGAACCGUCGCGUGUACAAUAUGUACCUGCACCUACGAGAAGUCGUCGACAUCGUACAUCAUCUAAAACAUUACAUGGGGAUGAUAUCGUUUAUGUCGACGAUAAUUCACAACCAAUUGAAUAUGUGGAAUAUAUUGAUGAACAGCCUGCUGAAUAUGUUGAAUAUGUCUAUGAAAAUGAUCCAGUAAUAUCAAAAUCAGCAAAAUCAAAUAUUGUCUACGUUGAUGAACCACAUUCUUCUCGUUAUUAUAAAAAGCAGCAACCAUCGGCAACCACUAUUGUGUAUCAAUAA